AUGGACGACGUAGAAGCGCCCAAGGACACGAACCACUCGCCGGCGCCGGCGCCGCGCGGCAAGGGGAUGCACUGGCUCCUGGUGGUGGUGAACUGCGGGAUGCUCUCGCUGGGCACCACGGGCGGGCCGCUCCUGAGCCGCCUCUACUACAGCAAGGGCGGGCACCGGCAGUGGCUGUCGGCGUGGCUGGAGACCGGCGGCUGGCCGCUGCUGCUGAUCCCCGUGGUGGCGUCCUACCUCAGCCGGCGCGCGCGCGACCCUCGCGCGCCGCUGGUGCUGACCCGGCCGCGCAUCCUGCUCGCGGCGGCGGCGCUCGGGGUGGCCACGGGCGCGGACGACUUCCUGUACGCGUACGGGCUGUCCUUCCUGCCGGUGUCCACCUCCGCCAUCCUCAUCUCCACGCAGCUCGCCUUCACGGUCUUCUUCGCGUUCCUCGUCGUGCGGCAGCGGCUGACGGCCCCGUCGCUGAACGCGGUGGCGCUGCUGACGAUGGGCGCCGUGGUGCUGGGCCUGCACGCCUCGUCGGACCGCCCCGCGGGGGUGAGCCGGGGCCAGUACUGGCUGGGCUUCGUCCUCAGCCUCGGCGCCGCGGCGCUGUACGGGCUCGUGCUGCCGCUCGUGGAGCUGACGUACAAGCGCGCCGCCGCGGGUGGUGGUGGCCGCGUGCUGACGUACGCGCUGGUGAUGGAGAUGCAGCUGGUCAUGGGCUUCUUCGCCACCGCCUUCUGCACCGUCGGCAUGAUCGUCAACAACGAUUUCCAGGCAAUCGCGAGGGAAGCGCGGGCGUUCGAGCUGGGGGAGGCGCGGUACUACACGGUGCUGGUGUGGAGCGCCAUACUAUGGCAGUUCUUCUUUCUAGGCGCCGUGGGCGUCAUCUUCUGCGUCCACACGCUCUUCAUCGGUAUCCUCAUCGCUGCCUUCAUCCCGGUGACGGAGGUGCUGGGCGUCGUCUUCCUCCACGAGAAGUUCAGCAGCGAGAAGGGCAUGGCCCUCGUGCUCUCGCUCUGGGGCCUCGCCUCCUACUCCUACGGCGAGUACAGUGAGGCCCAGGCAAACAAGAAGAAAGCGGCCUUGUUGGAAUCCCAAGCUUCGUAA